AUGGGCGCUAUAUUGCCGAGGGCCUGUGACUCGACGCUGAUCGAGCGCCAGGCAAACAAAGGCUUUGAUGUUGCCGUCGCAGAAGUCAACGGCUGGCGCACCGAUAUGGAAGAUGCGCACCUUAUCUGGCUGCGUGACGACGUCGGCGUCUUUGGCGUGUACGAUGGCCAUGGUGGUAAGGAUUGCUCUGCAUUUGCCGCCAGGAUGAUCUGUAAAUGGCUUGAGGAAGAAGGGGUUCCUCAGGAUGAUGCUGCCUGGGAGAAGCUUUUCAUAGAGGUCGACCAAGCGUUUCUGGACUCUGGGAUGGCAAGUGGCACGACUGCCACCAUGUGCGUGGUGCAUAAGCCGCAGAAUCUGGGAGAGAAGCUGAAGCUCCAUGUCAUCAACGCCGGCGACAGUCGGACUAUUCUAGGCAAGGCGAAUGGUUGUAUAUUUGAUGGUGGCGGCACGGACAAAGGCCUAACCCGUGACCAUAAGCCCGAGGACCCAGAAGAGAGGAGGCGUAUUGUGAAGGCGGGUGGCACUGUAGAAAAUGACCGUGUCAAUGGAAAUCUCUCAGUAAGCCGGGGCUUCGGUGAUCGUGAUUGCAAGGAGACUGGUGGACCUGGCCCAGACAACCGUCCUGUCACUUGCAUUCCCGAGCAGUACCACUUUGAGUGUGACGAGACAGACUUCGUAUUGCUUGUCUGUGAUGGAGUGUCCGAGGGGGACUUCUCGAACGCUGAAGUCGUGGAGCUUGUAGCUGAGGCGUUGAACGGGGGCAAAGAUGCGGGCAUUGCUGCACGCUAUGUUUGCCACAAGGCCAUCGACAGAAAUUCGAAGGACAACAUCACGUGCAUGGUUGUGCGGCUCCAGGGUGUGUCCGAGGCCAUUGAGAGACACGUCGAGUUCAUCCCCGGCUCGAUCUCCAAGCUCACUCAUGCAGGCUUCCGAAAAGCAUACGCCUUCAUGGCCGGAAAGGCGAAGCUCUCCCUUGCCGAGGCUGUCGCUGGGCGCUACGAGGUCCUCCAGGCCGAGCUGAAGUGUGAACCCAGCAACAGUGAGUUGACAGAGGAAGCUAAGAUGCUCGGCACACCUUGCGGCGCGCCUGGCAGUGACGAGCGCCUGAAGUGGGCCGAGCAGUGGCUGGAGCACCAUCCAGAGGAGGCAGGCGGUGGUGGAGGCCCGGGCGGCAUGGACAUGGAGAUGCUGAUGAACAUGCUGGGCAAGGGUGGAGGCAAGGGUGGUGGCCCAGAUAUAGACAUGCUGCGCAGCAUCUUGGGUAAAGGCAAGGGCAAGCGCAGCGACGUGGCCAGCAGUGGUGGCAGGGGAGACAGUCGUACGCCCGAGCCGGAGCCACGCUGGUUCACGACCUGCUGCCGGAGGAGGGACACCCCCAAAGUGACCUCCUCUCGAAGAGCAGGUGAACCUCCCUCUCGAAGCAUUUCAGGUCCAGAAGUCGGUGACGAUGUCGUCGUUCAUGGUCUCGCGGGCGCUGUAGAACUCAAUGGUUGCCGAGGCAGAGUUCUAAGUUUCAUAGAGGCCUCGGACAGAUUCGAAGUGCAGCUUGAGGGCAUGGAAGGCACCAAGGCUUUGAAAGCUUCAAAUUUGCGCGUAAAUCAAGAUUGA